AUAAAGCCUCGGGACAGGAAGAGGUGUUGGGGUUGCACAGUCAGAGAGGAUUUAGUUCUCCGAAGUGUGGCGCGGUUGGGGCUUUAUAUCCGGGACAAGCGAGUGUCACCACAUUGCUCCGCAGGAGGCCCGGAGGGGCCACGCUGCCUAUCGCCUCCUGGCUGUGCUAGCUCUUCAAUGCCCUGAAGGUCUGAGGCUGCAGAGGACGGGGGCACCGAGUGUCUCGCUAACUGGGCCAGGCAGUGACGCGGGACCGGCAGCCCUCCCACCCCAAGGGCGCUGACACCAGGACACCCGCGCGGGUCUCUGCAUCCGGCAGCUCUGCUGCUGCGCGCUCCACGCGUUCCGCGAUGACUCCCGGCCGGGCAGUGGCCGGGUUGUUGCUCCUGGCGGCCACCGGCCUGGGACACCCUGCGGAGGAGCCGGAGCUAGCGUUCAGCGAGGACGUGUUGAGCGUGUUCGGCGCCAACCGGAGCCUGUCGGCCACGCAGCUGAGGCGCCUGUUGGAGCGGUUGGGGGCUGCACCCCACCAGGGAGCGCUGGAGCUGGGACAGCUGCACUUCAACCAGUGUUUGUCCGCAGAAGAAAUCUUUUCUCUUCAUGGCUUCUCAAAUGCUACCCAGAUAACCAGCUCGAACUUCUCUGCUAUCUGCCCUGCGAUCUUACAGCAGCUGAACUUUCAUCCCUGCGAGGAUCAGCCGAAGCACAGCGCAAAGCCGAGUAUUUCCGAAGUCUGGAGCUAUGGAAUCCUGUCGGUGACAAUUAUUAACUUGGCAUCUCUCUUGGGAUUGGUUUUGACCCCGUUGAUAAAGAAGUCUUACUUCCCCAAGAUUUUGACUUAUUUUGUGGGAUUGGCUAUUGGGACUCUUUUCUCAAAUGCCAUUUUCCAGCUUAUUCCAGAGGCAUUUGGAUUUAAUCCCAAAAUUGACAAUUAUGUUGAGAAGGCGGUUGCUGUGUUUGGUGGAUUUUACAUGCUUUUCUUUGUUGAAAGAACACUUAAGAUGGUACUGAAAACAUAUGGACAGAAUGACCAUACCCACUUCAGCAAUAAUGACUUUGGUUCUAAAGAAAAAGCCCAUCAACCCAAAACGUUACCACUACCUGCAAUCAAUGGUGUGACAUGUUAUGCCAACCCUGCUGUCACAGAGCCUAAUGGACACAUCCACUUUGACACUGUCAGUGUAGUGUCCCUCCAGCCCGAGCUUCGGUUUCCUCCUUGUUUGCUUUGCCUGGGAACAAGGCUCUUGGGUCUGACUUUCCCAAAGAAAAGUCUCCAGUUACCAUCGGAUGGAAGAACAGAGUCAAGUUCAUGCACCUGUUUGAAGGGGCCCAAGCUGUCAGAGAUAGGAACAAUUGCCUGGAUGAUCACACUUUGUGAUGCCCUCCACAACUUCAUCGACGGCUUGGCAAUCGGGGCAUCCUGUACCUUGUCUCUUCUUCAGGGACUUAGUACUUCCAUAGCCAUCCUGUGUGAGGAGUUUCCUCAUGAGUUAGGGGACUUUGUGAUCUUGCUCAAUGCAGGGAUGAGCACGCGACAAGCUUUGCUAUUCAACUUCCUUUCUGCAUGUUCCUGCUAUGUUGGGCUAGCUUUUGGCAUUUUGGUGGGCAACAAUUUUGCUCCAAACAUUAUAUUUGCACUUGCUGGAGGCAUGUUCCUCUACAUUUCUCUGGCAGAUAUGUUUCCAGAGAUGAACGACAUGCUGAGAGAAAAAGUAACUGGAAGAAAAACGGAUUUCACCUUCUUCAUGAUCCAGAACGCCGGGAUGUUGACUGGGUUCACCGCCAUCCUGCUCAUCACGUUGUAUGCGGGGGAAAUCGAGUUGCAGUAGCCGGAAGUGGAACAUAGUGUUGUGAAGGAAGGGAUAACACAAAACAUCUCCAAAGGGAUUUUUUUUAAAGCGUAUCCUAUUUAGUUACAAGAGAUUUUUAUUUUCAACUAGAGGUUAAGAAGUCUAGCGGCUGGCUUCAGACAAUGUAAAAUAGGUGAAAUUUGCUGUUGAAGAAAUUCUUUAAAAGGUUUAUUCGGUUUCAGUCUGAAAUGGCAGGUGUUUGGGGGCCUUUGGUCAAUACCAGUUUUUCAGUGCUUUAUGCAUAUUAGAAAAUUAUCACGAGGCAAAACACAUGCAUUCACAAGCAUGCACACGGACCCAGAGAAAAACACAAUCUAGGUCAUGCAAGGCUUUAAAACUUGGUCGGAUAAAAGAAAUUCAAGUGCGUUCAGAGUGGUUUUCUUUCAAUUAAUGUGUUCUGCUGCUUUUGAGGGCAGGUGCACCAAAUGUGGGAGGAAAUCAAAACAGCUCCGGUGCACCCAUGGGCGAUUGCAGAGAUUUAAUGAUCCCCAGAAAGACAGAUUGCUCACAGCAUUUGUUGAGUUUUGUGUCUCAAUUAGCGACUUGUAGGAUGGUGUCGAAAGCUCUUCCAAAGUAACUUGAAUUAGGAACUCUGAAAGGCUUGCUAGCCCCGUGAAGCUUGGGGUUAGGGGUUUGUGUGUGAGUGUGAAUUGGACCAGACUCUCACAUGGCUUCCCAACGACUUACGUUGUGGUUCCAAUCCCCAGAAAUGGCAGACAACUAUGCAAGACUGGUCAGAAGUCUGUCUCACCACAUUCUAGGAUUGCUUUGUGGUGGUGAAGAAUAUGUUGGGUGGGAGAAAGAUAUUGAAUGUAAUUUUGAGCAAUUUACUUUUUAGAGAUAAGCAUAAUUGUUUAGCAGGGAAAAUUUCAAUAAAUGCAAAAUAACAGCUGGUCUGUGCUGUGUCAGAGACUGACUGACGAUGGAAGCGUGUGCUCCUUAGGGGUGACUGACAGCCAGCUGGAAACGUCUUCUGUGUUCAGCCUGUAUUUUUCCAUAUGGUGUACCUUUGGAGGAAACUCAGCACACUGUGAUUAUUUUCCUACCUUUUGUAAGAGACAGAGCUUGUUGAGUUUCCAGCAGGUAGUAGACCAUUAGUCUGAAUUGAACAUCCCAGUCUCAAGUCACACUCCCAAGUAAUUUUCAAAAAGAUGGGUUGACAGCGAUGAAAACUACUAAUAGAUACCAACAGUUAUCUCAGGAAUCAUGUUUCCCUAUAAGGCAAAACAUGUUUUCUUCCAGUAACAAUGCAAAUUUGAUAACCGUUUAACACACGUUUGUGUAUAUUUCACUCUAUGUCUGACAAUUGAAAAAUAUUAUUUGACCAAACAGUAAACACCUUUGAAGCCA